CGACAACAACGGCAUUUCAAUAAAAGCGGCGCUACAGACUACAUUGAGACCUGAUGGUUCAUUAACAUUCCAAUAUGGAUCCUACUACUUUUAUAGAUCCUCAGUUGACUCUCCCAGACCAUCUUGUGAUCGACAAUAUCCUUGAAGAUGCCAACCUUCAAGUGUCUGGACGAGACAAGCUCACCACCGAGGAGACAAUCCAAAAGUUGGGAGAUCUUAAUGAUCCCUCACAUCCUAGCUUCGAUCCCACCAUAUUCCAAUCCUGGGAUAUGCCUGUGCUUCAAGCAAGACUGCCUUUUGUUGUGCAAAAAUAUGUGCUCCAGCCAUAUAUUAGCUGGGCUCAAGGCGUGGUACGCUUCAAGACUGAUGUGGUCAUGUUGACACAUCUCAUUCUGUAUUUCACGACCUUGGUACCCAGCGCUUUUCUGCUGCACUACCACUUCUCGUGGACUCAUGGCAUCUUGCACUGGAUCCUCCAGCUCUUCUAUUGUGGAGCCUUUACCUUGAUGAAGCAUCAACACAUCCAUAUGAAUGGAGUCUUGUCCCCUAAAUAUUACCUGUUCGACGUGCUCUUUCCCUACUUAUUGGACCCUCUUCACGGGCACACAUGGAACUCUUACUACUACCACCACAUCAAACACCAUCAUGUCGAGGGCAACGGUCCCAACGAUCUGAGCACGACUAUGUGGUAUGAUCGUGACAGUGUCUUUGACUUCUCGUGUUAUGUCGGCCGGUUCUUCUUCCUGAUAUGGUUCGAUCUUCCGCUGUAUUUUGCAAGAAAAGGACAAACCAAGCAUGCUACCAGAGCCGCCUUCUGGGAGCUAAGCAACUAUGCAAUGAUUUAUCUACUCUACAACUAUGGCAACUCUCGUGCAACGCUCUUCACGUUAAUUCUCCCACUGAUGGUCAUGCGAGUAGGUCUCAUGGUGGGGAACUGGGGUCAGCAUGCCUUCAUCGAUCCCAAGGAUCCUUACUCGGAUUUCCUCUCCAGUAUUACACUAAUCGACGUUCCAAGCAAUCGUUUCUCUUUCAAUGAUGGCUACCAUACUUCGCACCACUUGAAUCCUCAUCGGCACUGGAGAGGUCACCCGGUGGCAUUUACCAAGCAAAAGGAACGCUAUGCGGAAGAAGGGGCCUUGGUGUUUCGCAACGUUGACUAUAUAUUCAUCACCGUUAAGCUGUUGCAGAAGGACUACAUGCAUCUGGCCAAAUGCCUCAUUCCAAUGGGCAGUCAAGUCAACAUGACCCUUGAGGAACGAGCUCAGAUGCUGCGAACUCGGACACGUCGCUUCCAGUCUGAUAAGAAAGAAGAGUAAAUCUUGGUGCGGUUUUCGAUUGUUAUCGUCCACGGUUAACGGAUGGCACCGCGCAGCUGUCCAUCAAGAGAGCUCGAUGAUAUUCUCGAUCUGAUCCAUUCUUUUCAAAGAAUAUCCGCAAUGGAUCUAUUCACAGGGUAUAUAUAUUAAAUAGAUGGCCGCAUAUAGAACGCAUACUCAAGAAAAUGACUGAAUGCUACGAAACGUCAUAGCUAGAAACAUUCAAGUCAUAGGGGUAUAUAUAGGGAAUAGUUUGGAAAUUUUUGCUACACAGAAAUGUUUAAUAUAUAUCGCAUUAUAUUAUCUUCCAUCCUUGUACGCAUUCAUCUGACAAUAAGCCAGUCUGGCCAAAUCCUGAUACUUUCUGUAAACUACCUCUUCCACUCCAGUGCUCCAUGCUCCACUGUACAC